GAUUGAAGUUAAGAGAAAGAGACAGAAAAGCGUAGUAAGGGGGAGAUCAUGAAUAUUGAAUUGAAUUGAAUUGAUUAAUACUACUCCUAACUUUCAAGUCUUUGUUCCUCUUUCAAAAAAAAAAAAAGUCUUUGUUCCUUCCCUCCGCAAAGUCGUAACCGUAAACCAAAAUGUCAGACGGAGGAGCGUUUCAAUUGCAGAUACUUGACGGAACUAACCUCAGAGACCUCGAUCUAUCUUCCACCGUCUUUGAUCGUGCGUUCACCGGAGCUCAAUUACUCGACAUUGCUCAUUCACGUGCUUCUCUUUCUCUCUUCGAUCUUCCUUUACCUGAUCCUCUCAAAACCUCUGCUCUCAACCGCCUCCGUAGCAGUAACUCCGAUGCCGAUGUUGUCUUUUCCCUUGAGACCGAGUACCAACCUGCUAAAGCCUCUGAAAUCCUUAAACUCUACAUCGCCGCCAUCGCCGAUGAACUCAAAGAUAAUCCAAUUGUAAUAUCAAUCUUGGAUGGAAGUACUCUUCGUUUGUUAUUUGAGGAUGAGGAUGAUUUUGCAAUGUUAGCAGAAAAUCUAUUCACUGACUUGGAUGUUGAAGAUAAGGGGAAAAUCAGCAAGAGCCAAAUUCGAAGUGCUCUUGUUCAGAUGGGUGUCGACAUGGGAGUUCCUCCUUUCUCAGAAUAUCCUCAGUUAAAUGACUUGUUGAGAAAACAUGGAGCGGAUGGAGAAGAAGAGCUGGGCCAAGCACAAUUUGCACAGCUUCUGCAGUCUGUAAUACAAGAUCUUGAGGUGGAACUUUCCAAAAAGAAUUUUGUUUUCGUCCAGAAUAUCCAAAUCAUAAAUGGCUUUAAGAUAAGACAGCUAUUGGCCAAUGAAAAGGAGUUAAGCAGCUUUGUAGAGAAGGCAUUACAGGAAAAAGCCAAUGCAAAGGAUGGUCUAGAAAGCACUGAAAUAAUAAGGAGCUUCCUUGAGAGAGAUGCUAAGGAGUUGGGUUUACCACUAUCUGAAGCUGGCGAUGCAGCUGCUCUUUUCUAUGAUUCUGUUUUUGCUGAUGUAGCCAAAGAGAAAGAUGGAGUAGAAUUAGAUAAAGAAGAGCUGGCAAAACUUCUGAAGGAUAUCUUGGAGAAAAUGGCAGAGCAACUUGAGUUGAGUCCAGUAUAUCAGGAGUUUGCUUGAGGGCUUGGGGAUGAUAAAAUAAUGGGCUGCUAUUCAUGUCUGUAACUUCGUAUCGUUACAGGGCAUUUGGGAUUCGCAUCCCACCCAGUGGUGUAUAUUGUAUAAUGAAUUUUACUUAUACAUAGUACCUUAAUUAAAUAGUAUGCUUAUGGUAUUAUAAUAUGAAUUACAGCUUGAUUUUCUGGAUUCA